GAAUCUACUUCCGAGUUUUGGGAUCUAACGUUAGCCAAUCGCUAACCACGGCAAACAGCGGCAAGACAGUCCUUUGUUUACACUUACUGCAAUGGCGACCAUCACUGAGCUGAAGUGUGCCAUGAGGGAAACACUGGAGUCCCGCUGUGUUCUGGGCCAGCUGAAGGCUCGUAUCAGGGCUGAGGUGUUCAGUGCCCUGGAUGACCAGCGGGAGCCUCGCCCGCCGCUGUCCCAUGAAAACCUGCUCAUCAAUGAGCUCAUCCGGGAGUACCUGGACUUCAACAAGUAUAGAUACACUGCAUCAGUACUGACAGCAGAGUCAGGCCAACCUGACGUGCCCUUGGACAGACAGUUCCUGGCAAAUGAACUGAAAUUGGCAGAGGAUUCAAGCUCAAAGUCUGUACCUCUUCUCUAUGGCUUGGUGUCCCACUUUGUGAACAGCAGCGAUAAUGGAGCAAAGGUGUUUCUGCGGGGUCCCUCUCUGCCAGCUGCUCCAACAGCCAGCAGCACAUUACCUGAACCUAAAGCCUAAACGUUGAUGAUGCACUGAGUACCGCACAGCACGAAAAGAUGUCUUCACACUCCAAUACAUGACGUCAAAUGUUGCUGUGUCUCGAUGGUCUUCAGUGACAUAAGCUUCUUGUCUAUAGAUUUCACUGUUUUCAGAUGAGUGUAAUCUACACAUUACAGCUGUUGUUGAUGGACUGUAUUAAGCUGAAUAUGAACACCUUUGUAUUGGUGUCAGAUGAUCCCUGAUGGCCUUUAUAUGUUUUGAUCUCUGACUUCACCAGUAGGUUUAGUGUCAUUCAGUAAUGCAGAUUCCUUGUUCUCUCGAUAAUUUAAGCAAAAGGUUUAGAUAAUAUUCCUCAUUACCCUCAUUUUUAAUGUACAAAUGUUUGAUACUUUUAUAUUGUCUGUUAGCUGUUCAAAAAUAAAUAUAUCUAUACACUA